AUGAAAGUCGGUGCGCUUCUCUUUUUCUGUUGCGCAAUAUUUUUUGCUGUCCCAAUCACCCCAUCUUCUGCGAUUGCCGAUAGUUUUCUAGACGAUUAUUGGAAGACAACCGAAAACAGAAUCAAUCCAAAGGCUGAGGUUUCGGAUUUGAAUAUUCUAGUUAAAUAUUCAGACAAAUCCAAGACGUACACGGAUUAUGAAAAAUCGAAUGAAACAUGUAUCAGUGUGGUAUUUGAAGAAGACCACUACGACAGAUUGAAAUUUACCUGCCAAACAAGAUGGGAACCAAUAAAUAUAAGCAUACAGGACCGAAUUCGACAUAUCCAUUAUACUGUUGAUUGUGAAUCAUUUCAGAUGGUUGAAUAUACAAAGAACAAAUAUUUGUUCAUCCUCGCCAUGAUUUUGGUAAUAUUAUUAUCAUUGAUUGGGUGAGGUUUUUUUUUAAUUUUUGAAUAAAAUACAUUUUUAUUUACAGUGUUCUCGUCUGGAUAAAGAAGGAUCAUAUCAAAAGAUUUGUCACAGGUAGAUAUCAAAAAUGGAGAAGUCCUGCUGUCCAGCAAUUGUAUGAUUCUUCUGAAGAGAGACAACAACAGGAGAUCACCGGUUUUUAA